AUGGCAACCAAGUCCCAAUCAUACAUAGUCCCUACCGAUGCUGAACUCCUGCAAGCUCAGGCCGACCUAUGGCGCCACAGCCUCUACUACCUCAAAUCCAUGGCACUCAAGUGUGCCGUCGAGCUCGGCAUACCCACAGCCAUCCACCGCCUAGGCGGCGCCGCUUCACUUCCUGACCUGAUCACCAGCCUAUCGCUCCCCCAGGCUAAGCUACCUUUCCUUCACCGCCUCAUGAGGCUGUUGUCCUCGUCAGGCGUCUUCAGCGUGUCUGAAGAAUCCACUGAAGUCAUGGCCAUCGUCUACGGCCUCACCCCCCUGUCCUACCUCUUGGUGGAGGGCAUCGCUGCAGAUGGGCACAUCAACCACGCACCUUUCCUUCUCACUGCGACCUCGACUCGAUACAUUGACCUGGCCAUGGGGCUGGCUGACUGGUUCAAGAAAGACGCCAAGACGGCGCCUUUUGAUCAUGUGCAUGGAGCGUCGCUGUUCGAGGAAAGUAUGGAGCUGUUGGAUCCCGAGUACCACAAGAUGUCAAUGCAAGCUUUGGUAGUCCACGACAACUUCGCGGUUGACAUUGCGUUGCGAGAAUUCAGCGGCAUAUUCCAGGGGAUAAAGUCACUGACUGACUGCUGCUACCAUGGAGAUGGCACCACGGCAAAGGCCAUUGCUAUGGCCUUCCCGCACAUGAAGAUCACCGUGCUGGACAUUCCACAGGAGAUUCAGAAAAUUCCUGCUGACGGUGUCGUUAACUAUGUUGGAGGUGAUAUGUUCAAGUUCAUCCCACCUGCACAAGUUGUGAUGUUGAAGAUGGUGCUACACCACUGGAGUGAUGAGGACUGUGUGAAGAUCCUUUCCAAUUGCAGGAAGGCCGUACCUUCACGAGAGGAAGGAGGCAAAGUUCUCAUCGGAGAUAUAGUAAUUGACCCCGCCUCAGGGCCAAUGUAUGAAACACAACUUCUAAUGGACGUCGGCAUGAUGCUGAUGAAAGGAGGACGGCAACGGGAUGAAAAUGAGUGGCGUGACAUCUUCAUGAAAGCUGGGUUCAGUGACUAUAAGUUAGUAAGCAAAUUUGGAGCUCGAGGUGUCUUGGAGGCCUACCCAUAA